AUGUGUUACCAUAGAUACACUUCGCACCCUUGCGGCCACAAGAGUCAGUCGCUUGGAAAAUGCAAUGUCGACAUUCUUGCUACACAAGUGUUGUUUUGCAACAACUACCACGUCCUGAAUGACGCCUCAUUGACUUUCUGUGGCGGUAGCUAUUGCAAAGAGGAUAAAGAGACUGCUUAUUGGGUCGAGAAUGGAUUGACCCUACUGACGGCAUGCAACGACGAUCUUGUGGACAUCAAGUAUCGCCUUCAGACUCUACAUCAGGAACUCACGGUUGCUGCCAAGUACAGGGACGCUUUUGGCCCUCAACAAGGAAAGGAGAUUGAUAGAGUCCGAACCAAACACGAAGAGUAUGUUGAACUGCGUCAGAGGGGUGCAGAGACCAGAGACAGACGUCAGCUCAUCUUGGACGGCAUCAAAAAGGCCAGAGAAAAGCAACAAGCUGUCCAUGCAGACAAAAUGCGCAGAUUGCAGCAGUACGUCAACGCGCACAAACCACAGUCUGCUGUCGCUGCUUCACCGCAGGGCAUCCCGAAGGCCAAUCAUAUGUUCGAGGGAAGAAGAUUGAUGAAGCGCGCAGAAUCCAGUAUCUGGGAAACCGGCGAUACUUCUGCCACCCCGUGUCGACCUACUACCAAUCUACUUAUUUCCCCCUUCAGACACACACCUAAGUUCCCGGACUCUCCAUCUCUGGCGUACUCUAGCCCUCCCUCUCUGGCAACGCCUAUUUCCCUAGCAGACCGCACAGCAGAGGUCAUGUCCAGCUCCUCUCCACGUAAGAAGAGACGUGGAAGACCUCCAAAAGCCAGUCAGAUGGACGACGUAGAAACCCAAUCGCAAAUCAUAUCCGAAGUACCUUCUCGUGGUGCCCAAAUCAACAACGAUGAUUCCCCCGUAGCCAACAACCAACGUCCAGCGCCUAAACUUCAAACGACCAAACGCAGCAAUAAGAAGGAAUCACCUGCUCAGCGUAUCUCGCCAGCCGGUGUUCGCCGUAGCGGACGCACCAAGCAACGAGUCAGCUAUGCUGAAUCGCCUUCUCCGUCGCCAGAACACUCUGCUUUAGACCAGCCCAAGCGGUCAACCAGAGCUACCAGAGCCCCAAGAAACAAGAGAAUGUCUCAGCAAGACGACGUGUAUGCUAUCGACGAGGAUGAUGGCGGCGAAGAAGAUCACGGUUUUGAGGAUGAUGAUGAAUGGCAGGGUGGCGAUGGAAACGCAGAAGACGACAUGGACAUUGAGCCUACUCCUGUUGUAAAGGCACGUUCGAGUACAAAACGCACCGCAGUAUCUCCCCCCGGCAGUUCGCGCUCCACUAAACGCCAGGCCAUGAUUGCGCCCAGAAACACUGCUCAUCGUGGUUCUGACGACGGUGAAACGAUGGACGUCGAUGCUGAGUAUGAAUUGGACCAGGGAUACACGUACUCUACAAUCCCGUCGACGACCUCCAAAGGCGCUUGUGACAUGCCCUCGACACCACAAACUCACAACAUGGCCAUCGAGAACAAGUCAAACCUGUUGUAUAACGCCAAACCGACGAUCGGUCCAUUGAACCCUAAUGUCUUGAACUUUCAGGGUCAGAAUCCAGCUGGUCCUGACAUGUCACCGCUGCGUCGAUCAGACUGGUUGAACGGAUUAGAUGGGGCUGACGCGAUUCUGUCAUUAGCCGACAUCGACGAUCCUUACAACUAUGACUUUGAUGUGUACGCCAUGAGCAAAGUCGUUGCUAAUCUCGAUGCUCAGCAGGGCUAG